UAUAAUCCUAAUAGAGUUUACAAGAAUGUACAUUUGAACUUUACUAGCUCGAGGAAUGUUAGUAAAGAAAGACUCAGAACAAUGGACCAAAAUGUCAAAUUUAGAGCUACAAAAUAACAGUUUCACAGGAGAGGAAAGCAAAGAAAUGUCUAAUUUUAAUCUUAAUGAACCUAGACUUUCUCUCAGGGGUAAAGUUAAGAACCCUAAGGCUUCUCGAAGAGCUAAUAGAAGAGGUACUAUUGAUGGUAACAAAAGAUAUCCAAACAUCCAGAGCAAGCAGUAUCAUACGAAGAGGAUCAGUACAAGGAGAAAUUUAGAGAAAGCCAACGCAAGCAUGCUCUCAAGAGAGAAUCCUGAGAUACUAAAUGAUAACAAAAGAAGAGCUGCUAAUGAAACUGCUGCUCCAAAUGCUGUAAUAUAUCAGCAGUUCUUCAAUUAUCAAACUUUCUUUGGAAAUAAAUAAAAGCAAGAGAUCUAGUGGCACAAGAGUAAAGCCAGCAGGCUUUAACAAAAUGUCAAAUAUGAGAAAAAUUUCACAGAAUGAAUUAUUUUCUAGUGUUGCGAGUGGCCCAAUUGAAGGCUCAAGCUUUGAAGCACCACCAAUCUCUAAAAGAGGAAAGAGAAGAAUAGGGAACAACAGAGGAUCGAUUGAAGAGAGGAGAACUAAAAUAGUGGAAAACCUGAACUCUUCCAUUAACCAAACAACGAGAAAUUUUUCUUCGAUAAUGAAUCAACCAAACACGAGUCUAAAUAACUCUAUGAUUCUAAAAAGGUCUGCCAAGAAAGAGCCAAAGAAAGGAUCUCUCGGGGCUGGAGGGAACAUAAAGUUAGUUCCUAUAAACAAAAUUGGCAAAGAUUUGAAGAAGAGGCUUAACAAUCUUCGUAACAAAGACUUUGUAAUCAAGCCCAAAAAGGAUAUUUAUCCAGGAGAAAACCCGUUCAAAAUUAAGAAGAACCUCGGUGCAACACAGGCAAUAAAGACAAGUUUAAAUAAACCUGAUGUACAGUUUAUGAACCAAACUUUGACAAAUGGACUCCCAACCACUAUAGAAAAGAAUGAGGAGGUUAUUGUAACUGAUAGGAAUGAUAAGAUACUCGAGAAUUCUAGUCAAGGAGAUAAUAAGUUAUCUACCAUAAUUGAAAGCCCAAAUGGAGAUAGAAAGUGGUCAAAGAAAAUUACAGAAGAAAGUAAAUCAAUUCGAGUUUUGUCAAGUGAAAGUCGAGAGUCGGUGAAGAAUGAUAAGCCUGCAGUUGCUAAGAUUAACUUUCAGAAGCAAAGAAUAGGCGAUUUACAGCCUAGCGCAUUUAUUUCACCGAAGAAGGAAGAUAAAAAUAUAUCUGAACUUCCACAGUUAAGUUUAGAAGCUCAAGUUAGUCCUGAAAGUCCUCCUAAAAAGCCACAGACAACUAAAAAUUCUCAAAAACUUACUAAGUUCACCAUGAAAAUUACUGAAAACAAUCGAAGCCCUUUAGCCUGCUCAAAAAUUAUCUUAAAGAAAGAUAACUCGGAAGUUCCCGAACUAAAGUCUCUAGAGAAAGAGUCAAAAGCUGAAAACUCAAUUGUAAAGGUUCUCCCAAAGGCAGAGCCAGAGCCCAAGAAGCCAGCUCCAAAGAUUAAAUUCCCAAUGCCAAGUACAGACUUCCUUGCUAAAUAUCCUCAGUACUUGGUUCCUUAUGAGAAGAAGGAGAUUUUGAACUACAAUACUGUUUAUUACUUAAACAUGAUAGAAAGAAAGCUUGGUAGACUGCCAAAACAAGAAGGAGAAAAAUAACGAAGGAUGGAGCAGCCUCUCGGGCGAAUUUUUGUACGAAGAACAUGACAUGAUUGCAUACAGGUACGAAAUUAGAAGACUGCUAGGCAAAGGCUCCUUUGGAAUCGUCUUCAAAUGCUAUGAUUAUAAGGAAAAGGAUUUCAUAGCCGUCAAGGUUGUUAAGUGCAAGAAGAAGUUACAGAAACAAGGCAUGGUAGAAGUUGGCCUCCUCAAGCAUCUUAAGGAGAACGAUAAGUAUGAUAGGAUGAAUAUUGUUAGAAUUAAGAAUCAUUUCUAUUGGAGAAAUCAUCUAUGAAUCUGCUUUGAAAAUCUAUCAAUCAAUCUUUAUGAUUAUCUCAAGCAAAAUAUGUACCAAGGGUGCUCAAUAACUUUAAUAAGAAGGUUUGCCAUACAAAUACUUGUAGCUCUUGACUAUUUGGAACAACAUAAAAUAGUACACUGAGACAUGAAACCAGAGAAUAUUCUUUUGAAGAAAUCAAAUAAAUCUGGAGUGAAACUGAUUGACUUUGGUAGCAGUUGAUUUGAGCACAAAAUGAUUUACACAUACAUUCAAAGUAGAUUCUAUAGAGCUCCGGAAAUACUCUUAGGAAUCGACUAUACAUGUGCAAUUGAUAUGUGGAGCUUCGGCUGAAUACUUUAUGAACUUUACACAGGCUAUCCUUUAUUUGCUGGAGAAGAUGAAACUGAACAGAUUCAACUAAUAAUGGAAAUUAAAGGAGUUCCUCCUAUUAGUGUUCUAAAACAAGGCUCGAGAUGGAGAUCAUUCUUCCAUUCCAACAUGAAUCCUAGAAUUAUACAAAAUUCUCGAGGCAAGACACAUAUGCCAAACACUAAGAAAUUGAGUGAUGUCUUAAAAUGAGAUGAUGAUUUAUUCAUAGACAUUAUUGACAAAUGAAUUGAGUGGAAAGUUGAAGACAGAUUGACACCAAAAGAGGCUCUUCAACAUGAAUGGAUUAAAACAGGACUUAAGCAAUUAUAG